UGCACUGUGCUGAUCUGAAGGCAGGAGCCAGGUGCUUCUCCUGGUCUCCCAUAUGGGUGCAGGGCCCAAGCACUUGGGCCAUCCGCCACUGCACUCCUGGGCCACACCAGAGAGCUGGCCUGGAAGAGGGGCAACCGGGACAGAACCUGGCACCGCGAAUGGGACUAGAACUCUGUGUGCCAGCGCUGCAGGCGGAGGAUUAGCCUAUUGAGCUGCGGCGCCGGCAGUUACAAUUUCUUAAGCAUGUAACUGAGUUCUGACCAUUUUUGCUGCAAUACAAAUCAAGUUCUGAAAUGACAUUAAAACUAAGAGACCCAUUUAUUGGCCAUGUUGCACCAUUUACCAACCUAUAGGUAGGCCAUACAGUAUUGCAGAGAAUAAUCCUCCUUUUCUUAGUAAUACCAUCUAGCCUAAGGGCCUCCCAAUUAUUAAGUAUAGAUGCUAAGGGAGUCUGAAAGGGAGCAGAUGUAGAGCUACCCAUAGUUGAAUCACCUCAUAACCUGGGAGACAAAAGGUAGAUAGGGCUAAGCUUGGGCCCAGUUAUGUAUCUGAACACGUACUUAACAAGUAAUCUGACAUCCCAGAGUUACUACACCUACUGUAGAGUUUAAUAUAUAUAUUAUUUAAUAUAUAUCAUAUGUCACACACAUAUCGUAUACUGUGUUACAUUAUAUGUUACAUAUAUGCACCAUACAUAUAUAUUACAUGUUAUAUGUUACAUAUACACUGUAUAUGUAUGCAUUGUAUAUACAUACAUCUAUAUAUCCAAAAAGGGAUACGUGCAGAGGCUACUCAAAAUAACAAAGAGGGAAAUACCUUCUUGGUGCAUGGCCAAGAAAAUAACAAACUGAAAAAUAGAAUAAAGUCGCUCAGCUAACCAGGUAUGCAUCAUGUGGCCAGCCAUAGGGGCCACCAUCUUGGGGUAGAGUCCGUUGCCCAUUUUCUGGUAAGGGUGGAAGUUCCCAUGGGGGGCCACCAUCUUGGAAUGGAAGUCCACCCUCUGUGGCAGGAAGUGGAGCAUCCACCAUGUUUAAUGCACUGCCUCCCUGAUGUUACAUUCCUAGGCGACCACACCAGUUCCCCAGCUCAAAAUUAACAGUUGAAAGCAUGCUUGAUUGGAAAAUUAAAGACCCUGAGGCAAAGCAGAAUUUCCAGUACCUUUCUAACUGUCCUUAAAAUAAAGACUUCUAAAGUUUCAACCUUAGAAAAUACAUAACUUGUCUUUAUAACACAUUACAAACAACUUGAAAACUUUUAUGUACAUUGAUAAGCUUUCAUGAACUCUUAAAAACUAACCUGCUUCAAAAAUCCUUCUCAUCUCUCUGCCUGAAUCCCAUUAGCACUAGAAGCACAUUCUCAAAGCAGGAAACAGCAAAAAUAAAUAAAUAAAUAAAUAAAAUAAAAUAAAAAUUUCCAAAAUCUACCAGCGCUAAGACUCAAAUAAACUGCCUAUGCUCUGUUGCUUAUUAGAAGGGAUUAAACCGAGUGUCAUUUUGGAUGAACACACUAUCAAGAGCGGCUGUGGUUUCUCUGGCAGGGUGGGGUUAGCUAGAGGUGCGGUGCCACGUGGGAGCCACAGGUGGCAGUCAGUCACUGCUGCUGCAGCGGCAGCCAGGACAGGUAGUGCCAGCACAGUAACACUGUUUGCAGGGCUGUGGCUCUGCUGGCGGCCAAUCUGGGAGUGGCCCAGCCCCUGGGAAAAUGGCAGGACUCUCGCGCACAUCCUGCACUUGUGAGCCAACCAGUGGGGGCAGAGGGAGGGAUCCGCAGCUUCCGACCCCAUUUCAGCUGCCUCGGCUCCUGCCUUUCCCCCAGGCACGCACCCGUUGCAGCGCCUAGGCCACGUGGCACUGGAGCAGUGUGAGCAGCGAGAAAGCGCAACCAGCCGGCCGGAGGAGCUUACACUCUGAUCCAGGCCCUGUGCAAGAGUCAGAAACCACCCGGCCCAGGCAGGGUGUGCAGAUAAGGGACAGGGUGGAAUGCAGAAAGAUAAGCAAAGUUAGAAGCGGAGGGAAGCUGUCCCUUACCAUCUUGCUGGUUUUUCCUUUUAAACCAAUCAAAUAUUAAUAAAUAAUUCCUGGGGAAUCCCUGUGUUAUUAAGGGUCCUAUCUGGGGUGCCAAAUAUUAUAUAGGACUGCUUAUUAAUUUUCAAUAUUAAUAAGCUUGUGUACUCUUGCCAUGUUUUCAGAGAAAAAUUCUGAAUACUGGCUCAAAUAGACCAGACAACAUGGUAAGUUUUUAAGGUUUUUAUUCAGUGAGAGAAAUGUGCAGGAGAGCGAAGACUUUAGAGGAAAAAGAGAGGUCUGGAAGCUAAGUUAGGUCCAUAGCAAGCAGAGAGUAGGCCGGGGUGAGCCAAUAGGCCACGUACCCCGGAGGCGUGGGGCAGCAGAAGGUUGGCAAUUUCUUAAUUCACACAUUUUGGCCUGCAAUCUUUUCUCUACUCUCAGAAUAUGCCAAACUCCCUCUCUUUCUAUUUUUUUCUAAAGAUUUAUUUAUUUAUUUGAAGGCAGAGUUACAGAGAAAGAGCAUGAGCAUGAGCACGUCCCUCCUCUGGUUCACUCCCCAAGUGGCUGCAGUGGCCGGGGUUGGGCCAGGCUGAAGCCAAGAGCUUAGAAUGUAUUCGAGUUCUCACAGGUGGGUGCAGGGGCUCAAGGACUUUGGCCAUUUUCUGAUGCUUUCCCAGGUGCAUCAGAUGGAAUUGGAGUAGCCAAGACAUGAACCUAUCUAUCCACUGGUUGUGGAUAGAAUUUGAGUUCUUACUCAUUUUAGCAAGAAUUUACUGAUCUCCUGUGUGCUAAGCAUUGUUCUUGAUGUUGGAGAUUCCUAAGUAUGAAAAAGGCUAUAAAUACUUUUACAUAUAAAUAUAUAAUCUCAAAAGCCUAAUGUGCUAUGAAGAAAAUAAAGCUAAGUAAGGAUAUAGAGAAUGAUGGAAAGGAAGUAUUAUUGUCCUUGGCUGGGAGAUGACGUAGAAGCUGAGACUUACAAGGUGAGAAGAUGCCUGCAAAGGUCUGUGAGGUGUUUAUUCCAGCAAAGGAAGCUGGAGCCUGUCUGAUCAACUUGAUCCAUUCUGGGAGUGGCAACAAAAACCAGCAGGAAAUCGGGGUGGGAAGGCGGGCAGUGUACAGAUACUUGAGGCUAUUGGAGUAGCAUGGGUAGUGGAAGGCAGUGAGAAGUAGUUGGAUCCCAGAUACUCUGGGCAGUGGGUAGAGGGUAACUACUUUAUUCAAGGUAGAACAAACAGGAUUUGCUGGUGGAUUAUAUAUGGGAGUAGAGGAUGGAGGCGGACAGGGGAGAUUGACCCCUAUAUCUGGGUCUAGGUUCUAGUUCAUUGUGUCUAACAUAGUGGUUGGCUUAUAGUAGAAUCUUAAAACAUGGUUAUGAUUUAAUGAGGCCGUCUCAGGCAGUGCAGCCUUUGAAGACUUACUGCUGAUGGACAUCUGGGUUUGCACCUGUUAGAGUCCUUUCUUUUCUUCUGGAGAACUAUUUCUCUCCCAGUGUUAGCUUCUCAGUCUAGAGCAAGGACCGAGAACAGUGGCCUGGACUCCAGCGAUCCUGUUUAUAUUCAGUGAAGAGGGACACAAAAGACUGCUCACUCUCAGCUUCUCCGAGCCUUGCUAUGCUGUGAUCUUCUGUGGACUUGUCUGACAGUGGCUUACAAAAGACUUUUGACCUAGAAAUCACCAAGAGCUGCUCCAGAAUAGGCCAUCAGAAGUGCACUCAAGCUGACUUAAGAAAGCUGGAAGUGAGAAGAGAGCUACAGACCAGAUACAUUGAGGACACAGAGCUGCUGAGUGGGUCCACCAAGUUGAUCAACUCACUCGGGGAAGCUGAACCAUCUCUCUCCAGAAAUGUCUUCGGAAAGUAAAGAGCAGCAUGACAUGUCACUCAGAGACUCAGUGGAAGGAAUUGACCAGCUUCCAUCUGGGAUCCAUCUGGAGCCUCAAAAGGAAUCAAGUACUGACUUCAGGCAAUUUGAGAAAAGUGACCACUGCAGACCUUAUCCUAGGAUCCGUAUGGAACCUCAAGAAAAGUCAAAUGCUAACUUCAAGCAGUUUGUCAUCAAAAAGCUACAGAAGAGCUGCCGCUGCAACCGAACCAAAGCAAAACAUAUGAUUUUUGAUUUCCUUCCUGUUUUGCGGUGGCUCCCAAAAUAUGAUAUAAAGAAAAACAUUUUAGGAGAUGUGAUGUCUGGCUUGAUUGUGGGCAUCUUAUUGGUACCCCAGUCCAUUGCUUAUUCCCUGUUGGCUGGCCAAAAACCUAUCUAUGGUCUGUAUACAUCUUUUUUUGCCAGCAUCAUUUAUUUCCUAUUUGGUACUUCCCGUCACAUCUCCGUGGGCAUUUUUGGAGUACUGUGCCUUAUGAUUGGUGAGGUAGUUGACCGAGAACUUCACAAAGCUGGCUAUGACACUGCCCAAAUUGAUCCUUCUUUAGGAAUGGUUUCAAAUGGGACCACAUUAUCAAACCACACAUCAGACACGAUAUGUGACAAAUAUUGCUAUGCAAUUAAAGUUGGCAGCACUGUAACCUUUAUGGCUGGAGUUUAUCAGGUAGUGAUGGGCUUCUUUCAAGUGGGCUUUGUUUCUGUCUACCUCUCAGACGCCUUGCUGAGUGGAUUUGUCACGGGUGCCUCCUUCACUAUUCUUACAUCUCAGGUCAAGUAUCUCCUUGGGCUCAGCCUUCCUCGGAGUCAUGGCGUGGGCUCACUCAUCACUACCUGGAUCCACAUCUUCAGAAACAUCCAUAAGACCAAUAUCUGUGAUCUCAUCACCAGCCUUUUGUGCCUUUUGGUUCUUGUGCCAACCAAAGAACUCAAUGAGCACUUCAAGACCAAGCUUAAGGCACCAAUUCCUACCGAACUCAUUGUCGUGGUGGCAGCCACGUUAGCUUCUCAUUUUGGGAAACUAAAUGAGAAGUACAAUUCCAGUAUAGCUGGACACAUUCCCACUAACUUUAUGCCACCCAAAGCACCAGACUGGAACCUCAUUCCCAGUGUGGCUGUAGAUGCGAUAGCUAUUUCCAUCAUUGGUUUUGCCAUCACUGUGUCACUCUCUGAGAUGUUUGCGAAGAAACAUGGCUACACAGUCAAAGCAAAUCAGGAAAUGUAUGCCAUUGGCUUUUGCAAUAUUAUCCCUUCCUUUUUCAAUUGCAUCACUACUAGCGCAGCUCUUGCAAAGUCAUUGGUUAAAGAAUCUACAGGCUGCCAGACUCAGAUUUCCGGUUUGGUAACAGCCCUGGUUCUUUUGUUGAUCCUCUUGGUAAUAGCUCCUUUGUUCUCUUCCCUUCAGAAAAGUGUCCUUGGUGUGAUCACAAUUGUCAAUCUCCGGGGAGCCUUUCUUAAAUUUAGGGAUCUGCCCAAGAUGUGGAGGGUUAGCAGGAUGGACACAGUCAUCUGGUUUGUUACUAUGCUGUCCUCUGCACUGAUAAGUACUGAAAUAGGCCUGCUUGUUGGGGUUUGUUUUUCCAUGUUUUGUGUCAUCCUCCGUACUCAGAAGCCAGAGGUUUCACUGCUUGGCUUGGUGGAAGAGUCUGAAGUCUUUGAAUGCAUGUCAGCUUAUAAGAACCUGCAGACUAAGCCAGGUAUCAGGAUUUUCCGCUUUGUAGCCCCUCUCUACUACAUAAACAAAGAAUGCUUUAAGUCAGCUUUAUACAAAAAAACUAUAAACCCGGUCUUAGUAAAGGCUGCUCAGAGGAAGGCAGCAAAAAGAAAGAUGAGAGAGGAAACACUGACUCUCGGUAGAGUGCAGGAUGAAGUUUCAGUGCACCUUUCCCAUGAUCCUCUGGAGCUGCGUACUAUAGUGAUCGACUGCAGUGCAAUACAGUUUUUAGAUACAGCAGGGAUCGGUGCCCUCAAAGAAGUUCGCAGAGACUAUGAAGCCAUUGGUAUCCAGGUUCUGCUGGCUCAGUGCAAUCCUUCUGUGAGGGAUUCCUUGGCCAGGGGAGAAUACUGCAAAAAGGACGAAGAAAACCUGCUCUUCUACAGUGUGUAUGAAGCCGUGGCUUUUGCUGUGGAAGCUCAAAAACAGGAAGCAACAUGGGUUCCCAAUGGUCUGAGUCCAGCCAGUAAUUGAGAGUGUAGAUGGAAGGAAGAAUGAUGUCUCACUAAAAGGUUAAAAUUUCAAGUAUGCAACAUGUUUUAACCUAUUGGCUAAACAUUAUUCUUCCUUUGAAGCUAAUGGCCUUUGUGUGUACUCAAAUGUUUCAGAGCUCAUAGUUGGGCAGAAUCAAAACAAAAGUAUUGUGGUUUCAAGCUUUCUUGUAGAUAUGAAAUAUUCAUGGGAUGCAAUAAGUAUCUGUUGGAUUGAAAUGUAAAAUAGUCACAAAACGUAUUACCAAACUGUUUUAGAGGGUGCGACGUUUGAACUCUUCCUUCUGCAGGAGGUAAAGGGGAGAAGUCGGGGUUGGCUUUAGCCGGGCUGCCUGUACGUGGCUCUGUCGAGAGAGGAAAAGGAGGCAAGGAAAGAAUGUUGCACCUGCUGUUGUAGUGGCAGAUCAGAGGCUCCUGGAGCAUGAGGUCAUAGCUAGAGCAGAUUGUUCUCAGUCGUGCUUCUCUAUUCGCAGGCUCCGCUCCCCAGGCAGCAGUAGGAUCUCUGGCUUUCUGUAGGAAAGCACCAUUCCUCUCCCUCAGGCUGCGAGCUCUGGGCGCAGUCUCUCAGGGCUCUAACGACUGGUGGGUUUGUGAUAUCUUGACAGCCGGCCUGACAUUAUACACAACACCCUUUGUGAAACAGUUGAUGUUUUGGGCAUGCCUUUUUGUUGAGGAUAAAUUAUUUUAGAAUAAGAAGAAACCAGUGGGAGAUCUCUUUAUUUUCUGUGAUUUUUAUCUGUUGUUGUUUCUGAGAAUUUCUCUUGUUAAGCUUGUCUUAGUGUUUGGUUGUUGUAGUGUGUUUUCCCAUCGGUUGUGUCCUAAGCUGUCUGUCAGUGACAGUCUUGCCAGACAUAAAAGCAGAGUGAUGCCUCCACAGUGUCUGACAGCAUGUUUUUCAAAUGCUGUUGAGCCAAACUGUCAUGGACAAAUUGCUAAAAGCAGUGCCUGACAGUUUACCUUAAGAAUUGGUUUACUGGGGCAGGCAUUCGGCCUAGUAGUGAAGACAUGUGCACCUGAGACCAGAGUGGCUGGGUUCAUUUCCCACCUCUAGCUCCUGCCAACGUGUACCAUGGGAAGCAGUGAUGACGAGCAGGUGGCUAAGUUCCUGCCCCCCAGCUUUGGCCUUGGCCACCUCCUGCCAGCUAUCCCUGGCAUUUGGGGAGUGAACCAGCAGAUAGGAGCUCGCUCUGUCUCUGCCUCUCAAACUUUGAAAAAUUAAAAUUAAACCUAGAGUAUUUAGGAAAUAAUAACUGGUUUGCUUAGCAGAAAAUCUAUUUUUGUUUCUCUCAGUGGCAUUUUAGCAGGGGUCUGCUGGGGAUUGACAGUUUUUCUCCUAGAGACUGCUGCAAGAAAAACUUAAUGUAACCAAUGAAAAAGAAUGCGCGGAAGUGGCAGAACAUUUACGAAGGACAUCCUAAGUAAUUUGUAAAUAUUUUAGUGAAACGAAGUUUAUUGCUGUACACCCUAUUGACGUACAAUAAAUAUUGACAGUGACAGCUUUUAACUCUUCAAAUCACCUAAAACUAUCACCCGAGUGGAUUUAGAAGCAUCACAUUCAUAAAACCUGAGUUCUGUAUGUAUAUUAUUUAUGAUAGCUGGCCACAGGUUGUGAAUUGAGGGUAAUUUCUAUGGAAAAGCAUCAGUGUCCAAUAUUGAAAACUUAGCAUUGUGUAUCUAGACCUUGACAAUCAAGACAACAGGUUCUGGGGGCCUGCACUGUGGCUUAAAAAGUUAGGAUGCUGUGUGCAGUGUCAGCAUUCCAUGUGGGUGCUGGUUCGAGUCCUGGCUGCUCCACUUCUGAUCUAGCUCCUUGCUAAUGUACCUGGGAAAGCUGCAGAAAAUGACCCAAGUUCUUGAGCCCCCCACCCACUUGGAAGACCCAGAAGAAGCUCCUGGGCCCUGGCUUCAGAUCUGUCCCAGCUCUGACCAUUGCAGCCAUUUGGGUUGUGAACCAGCAGACAGAAGAUUCUCUUUCUCUCUGUCCAUAACUCUACCUUUCAAGUGAAUAAGUAAAUUGUAAAAAAAAAAAAAAAAAAAAAAAAAAAAAAGACAA